AUGGAGGGGAGUCCAGUUGAGAGCUACAAAGAGGACAGCAAGUGUGCGUCCGGACUCUUGGAGUGUCUGCUGAACGGCUCUGGGUUCAUGGAGAGCCGGAACCAGACACAGGACGAGGGCAUGUCCCCCAUCAUCCCCAUCAUCACCGCUGUCUACUCUGUGGUGUUCGUGGUCGGGCUCUUUGGGAACUGUCUGGUCAUGUACGUCAUCAUCAGGUACACCAAAAUGAAGACUGCCACAAACAUAUACAUCUUUAACCUGGCCCUGGCCGACGCCCUGGUCACCACCACCAUGCCGUUCCAGAGCACGGACUACAUGUUGAACUCGUGGCCGUUUGGAGAGGUGGUCUGCAAAGUGUUCAUAGCCAUCGACUACUACAACAUGUUCACCAGUAUCUUCACUCUCACCAUGAUGAGUGUGGACCGCUACAUCGCCGUGUGCCAUCCGGUCAAAGCCUUGGACUUCCGCACCCCGGUCAAAGCCAAAAUGAUUAAUGUUUGCAUCUGGAUCUUGUCGUCGGCUGCUGGGAUUCCUGCGUUUGUUCUGGGAGGAACGCAAACAAAUAGUGACAUCACAGAGUGUGCCUUACAGUUCCCUGAGCCGUACAUUUACUGGGACACCCUGAUGAAGGUGUGUGUGUUCGUCUUUGCCUUCGUGGUGCCGGUUCUGAUCAUCACCGUGUGCUACUCUCUCAUGGUUCUGCGGCUGAAGAGCGUCCGAAUGCUGUCGGGCUCCAGGGAGAAGGACCGGAACCUGCGGCGCAUCACCAGACUGGUGGUGGUGGUGGUGGCAGUGUUUGUGGUGUGCUGGACUCCCAUUCACAUCUUCAUUCUCGUCAAGGCGCUGGUGGCAAUCCCCGAGUCCACCGCCAUCAUGGCCGCUUACUUCUUCUGUGUGGCACUGGGCUACACCAACAGCAGCCUGAACCCUGUCCUCUACGCCUUUUUGGACGAGAACUUCAAGCGCUGCUUCAAAGACUUCUGCCUCUCUGCACGACUGAAGGGAGACAAAGUGUCUGGAAGUAAGAAGGCCCUGAGUGCUGUGAGGCAGAAGGCUGUUCCUCUGGAGAACCCCGAUGGGACUAAGCCCACAUGA